AUGGAAUUCGUCAAAGGUCAAUCGACUGACACUCAAAAGAAAGAACAUUCUCCGUUGUUACAUCAAUCUCCUUCGAACAGAAACAACUCAAAAUACUUGGAAUCUCUCGCACAAAGUACACCGGCUCCGUUUAGCCACGAAAGCUACUCAACAGGUACUUACAGUAGUUCUACAGAAAUAGUCUUGGAAUCUGAAACUGAUGAUGAAAGGAUUCAGUCGGUUACAAAGAACGAACUUGCAUCUGAAAACUAUUCUUUGAUGCUGAACAAUCAAUCGGAAACUAGCAAGGAACAUUCCUCCGAAACAGAAAAUAUCAUACUCAUAGUACCCGUCCCAUCGAUUAUAAUCAAGGAUGAAGCUGGUGAAACGGGAUUCGUCCAAGGUAAUUAUUCUUCUUCAAAUGAUGAUCAACUAUCUGACCAAGUUUCAGGGAAUACCAAUUCGGUUAGUAACAGUUUUGAAGAAGUUGAAUCACUUGUAGAAGUUCAUAAUAGCACAUCUACUGAUUCAGAAGGCAUUAAUGAACUCUUCAACAGUUCAACAAAUAGUACGGAACAUAAAAUAUUAGUUUCUGAAAUCACAGAUUCCGACGCAAACAGAGACGGAGAUUUUUCGCUAAGUUCGGAAACUACUUCAGAAACAAUCGAAAGUGAUUUAUAUAAAUCCACUCAAAAAGAAAGUACUGCAACAAAAAUUUUAAGUUAUGAAAGUGAACCAUUUGUAAUGGAGAUCCAUUCAUCAACAACGUUUGAUAACGUUGAUAUAAAUAUGUUUAACCAAUUAAUUUCUUCAGAAGUUCCAAAUAAUAAUCAAAAACCCACACAGUGGAGCAAUGUUUCUGAUCGAAUUUCAUCUCAUGAGAAUGGUUCUUCCGCAGAAUUAACAGAUACAACGGUGCCAUUCUUGUACACAAAGCAUCCUUAUGACCAUACUCCAACAACAGAUCAUACAAACGAUUUUAAAUCAACUCAAACAAACUGGACGUCUAUCGGAAGUACAACCUACAUGAAAGAGAAGAAUGAUUUUGUAUCAACUCAAAGAAGCUGGACAUCUACCGAAAAUACAACACAUAUACAAUAUGAAAAUGAUUUUGCCACGGAAAUAUUGCAAACAAUGUUGUCUUCAGAAACCGGAAGUUCGUCCCAAAAUGAUGUCUCACCUUCAAUUCUUCCCACCAGGGAUGACGAAGCAACAUUAGAAAGUGCAAAUGUUGAAGAAACUAUAUCUUUCCACAAUGAAUCUUUUGCAGAAGAAGUGACAUCUUUAGAACUUGAGAAAAAUAUGCCGCUUAACUUUACUUCCUCGGCAAUUGCAGUUCAUGAUUUUGAAACAACACAUACAAGCACAAUUAUUGAAAGCGUAACCUCUAGAGAAACUUCUGACAGAACAGUAUUUACUACUGUAACACCCACUGACGUACGAGAAAUAAGUACGGAAAAUAAUUUAACUUCUUCAACAAUUCAAAUCAAUGACUUUGAAUCUAUGCAAAAUGCAACAUCAACGGAAAGCACUGUAGGUAAGAAUGAUUCUUUUACAGACACUGUAGUUUCUGCUUCAGAGGCAGAAAAGGCAUCUUCUUUAUCUUUGGCAGCCGAAGUCAAUGAAGUUCACACAACACAACAGAUUAUUCUUCCAACAGAAAACACUGGGUACGAUGAAGAAUCUUUCUCUAAAUUGAUACAUUCAACACGAGCAUCAACCGAAUCUGAAAAAGAAAUUCCAUACAAUACUACCAUAACUGUUGAACCCAGUGCCUCAGACCAUCAGGAUCAAACGGAAAAUACCACAGAUGAUAGCGACAACAACGAACCUGCAAUACUGACAACUACAGAAAUGGAAGAAAAACUCACUGACAUCACUUCACUUCCAACAACUGCAUCAAUGGAAAGUAGUUUAAACUCUUCUGUAGCUGAGACAACAAAAUUUAACGAAUUUACCACAACCACAGAGAGUGAAGGUGAUCUGAUUUCACAUAUUCAUUCUACAACACUUGAAUUCGAUGGGAUUAGUUUAAUCCAAGAAAAUUUCACGUCCACAGACAUCAUAGAUGAUAGUGACAACAACGAAACUGCAAUACCGACAACUACGGAAAUAGAAGAAAAACUAACAACUAACACCACUUCACUUCCAACAACGGCAUCAUUGGAAAGCAAUUUAAACUCUUCCGCAGUUGAGACAACGGAACUUCACGAAAUUACCACAACCACGGAGAGUGAAGGCGAUCUGAUUUCACAUGUCCAUUCUACAACACUUGAGUCCGAAGGGAGUGGCUUAAUGCAAGAACAUUUCACUUCCACAGACAUCACAGAUGAUAGCAACAACAACGAUCCUGCAACAUCACAGAUGACAGCGACAUCAACGAGCCUGCAAUACUGA